AUGCCGCUGUUUUGUUUUCGGAUGCUGCACAAUAUUCGUGAUGAAAUCAACAACAUAUUGAAGACUGAAGAGAAGAAACCAGCAAAGAAGAUAAGCAAAGCUAUGUUGAUGUACUUGCAACGUGCGAAAGAGCAUGAUGAAUUCAUGAAGAAAGAGAUUGUAGAAUACAAAGUAGGAAAACGACACCUAGCUAAUAUGAUGGGUGAAGAUCCAGAUUUCUUUACACAAGCAGAUAUAGAUAGAUCAAUUGAGUAUUUGUUUCCAUCAGGAUUGUACGAUCCUAAAGCUCGACCAAUGAUGCGACACCCAGAAGAGAUUUUUCCAAGCAAGAAAGCAGCAGAGUUUGAUGAAUCUGGAAGACCUUUUCAUUCUAUGUUUUAUACCUCUAAAGCAAAUUAUUAUCAAACGCUAUAUGAUAUUAUGGAGAAAAUCAAAUCUCUGAAUGAUAUUGAAGAUUCAUUAAUAAAACAAGGAACAUUACCUAUGGAUAAAAUUAAUCUGAUAGGUUCCGAAUGGUUAUCAAAAAAAGAUACUGAGAACCAGCUACUUGAAAAUAUUAUAGAUUUGGAGUACACUUAUCUUGUAACAUCACUAGAGCGAUUAUGUGAUCAUCCACUAUCAAAGCGUGCAACAGAUUUUAUUAUGAAGUAUCGUAAAGUACUUAUUAGUCAUUCCAAUGAGAUAACCGUGCCACCUUUGGAACAUGACAGCACAGGAAGGCCAUAUAUCAAAGUCAAAAAUUGCUUUAGAAAAUCUGCAAGAGGUGAAGUAACAAUCUGGGGCAAUGGCUCUGGCAAUAUCACUAUUAACGGUCACGAUAUUACAUAUUUUGAAGAUAUGCAUCAUCGCGAACAGAACGAGGUGAUGCGAUCGAGACGAUCAUCAACUCCCGGCAUCGAGUUCUGUCUUGUGCCAUAA